UUCACAGUGAAAUUGUGUCUGUAUUGAAACAUGGAUAUCCUGCUCUACAACCUGGCAACCCUGCAGUCCACCAAUCUCUCAGCACCCUCUUUGUUGUUGUUGUUCGUCUCCUAUAACAACCGCACUUUCACUCCACUGCACCAGCGCACAUCUUGUUUGAAUUCAUUAUAAAAGACCAUGCAUGUACCAGAAACUGGAUGCUAUCAUCUGAUCAGAAUUCUUUAAGUCAUCUGUUACAGAAGAGGAUCCAGUGGUGACCAGACAACUCAAUCGAGAACAAAAAAUAUGGCCAGCUGUGAUGUCAGAAAAUGGGACCCAUAUGAGACCUCGCAGAAAAGGGAUUUUGUCGAAAGACCCAGUUCACCGAUUCCAGUUUUACGACCUCCUACAUCCAGGGCCUAUAGAACUCCAUAUGCUUUGGCCGAUCCCAUUGGUGUCACUGGAUAUAGCGAAGACUUUAGCUGGAAACCUCCAUCUAAGCCUGAGUGUAUCCGGACCGGGACAGCCUCUGGCAACAGGAGAAACAACCCACACCCAAGCCAGAGUUUUAUGGUAUGGAGGCGUCCCCCUGGACUGAAACUUUGUGAAAACCCCCCACCUGAGGAUGAAGUCAAACAUGUUCUGUCUGCUCAGUACAAGUCAACAUACAGAACUGAUUUCUUGGGCAUCCCUCAAGGGAUGAUGAUGAACCAUAGAGCCUUAGAUCCUGUUAAGCACAUCCCUGAGGUCCCUCAAUGCAUCCAGACUGAGAUGAGAUACAACUAUCGUAAGCCUGUUCAGAGACCGGAAUUUCGGGGAAAUUUAUCCCGCCCUGAGGCAUCAAAGGGGAUAGUCCCUACAGUAGUUCCAAAGCAUAUCACUAACCAGGAAAGCACGAAGCCCUUGACCACCUACGACAGACACUUCAGUGGUAAAUCCACAGACUUUGCUUCAGUGCUCAGUUCUCUCAAGCCUGAGGAACUCCAGCACUUCUACAAGCAUUUACCUGAAAAGGAAAAAAUGUUGGUGCAAACAUUUUUGCAAAAAAAGCAAAGUCCACCUGGUCAAGGAAAGAAAAUAAUGGAGCCAGUGGCAUUCACACAACCUCCUGCAGCACUAGACAGGAUAUCCAUCUGGCCUGGGCCUCUGUGACCGAUUCCCAUGAUGUGUAUGUGUGUGUGCUAGAAAAUAAUAAAUUGCUUCUAUUGCAAUGGAUUGUGCUGUUCAGAUAGAUGUUAAGGAUUAAGUUUUUGUCCGCACAUUACCUGCAUAUUAACAUACACCAGAUAUACAUACUAGUCAGUUCCUUGUCAGGUAGUAGCUAACAUCACAACUGAGUCAAUCAGUUUAAUGUAUCCUGAUUGAUCAGAAGGUGUUGAUUAAUUUUCCAUAACAUGUGCUCUGGCAAUAGUUCUAGGUUUAUGCUAAUGCAUAACAUUCCACACAAACAUAUUAACAAAAUGUGCAUAAUCAUUGAUAUUGUGAUGCUUCUGUGAGGGGACAUUUAUUUUACAUUUAUGGAAGGAGUCUCCAGUGUCAGUGUGUCAUAACAGUCAGAGGUAAAUCUGUAACUUUACGUUUUCCUACAUGGGAAAGUCUUGGGGAAGAGAAAUCAGCACACAUGCGGGUGUGCUAUUAUAAGAAAAUAAUCAACAAGAAGGAGACGUGAUGUAGCCCGACAUGAAGCAGAGUUACUGCAAAUAUCCUGAUACCAUCCAGUUGAUUAUUUUCCUAUAACAGUAUGGCCUGAAGUGUUUUCUCUCUCUUAAACCAUAUCAAUUUAAAGUAAAAAAAAAUAAAUUAAAGAACGAAACAUUUUUAUCCAUUUACAGAUACGGUUAACACUGUGGAACCUCCAAACAAGUUAGUCCCAAUUAUACAUACAUUAUAGCAUCUAAAAUAUCUUUCUCUCUCUCUCUCAAACACACACACACACACAGCUUAUCUUGUUACAGAGAAACUAGAAAGCAAAAACUCCUCUGUGGUGAAGCCCUUGCCAUGGUGGAAAAUGUACUGACCUUUACGAAGCAUAGAGACUCCUUCCAUAAAUGCUACGUGAGCGUCAACAUAUGAACAAUUGCACAUUUUUUUUGUUAAAUAACAACACAUUUGUAAUCUAUUCAUAAUUAGUCUUAGAUUAUGUGGUAUAUCUGACAUACAAGUCCCACUGUGAGUUGUUACUAUAAAAAUGAUAACAUUAGAAUUAGUGGGAAAAAGUGGGAUUUGCAUUUUUUGUUAAUGUUAGAAGCUGCAUUUUUAUUUUAUCUUACAAACUUUUACAAAAUAAUCAAAUUAUUUUUUGCUUGUAUUUCCUCAUUUGUAAGUCGCUUUGGAUAAAAGCGUCUGCUAAAUGAAUAAAUGUAAAUGCAAAUGUAACUUCAAGAGAAAGAAAAAAGAAGCCGAUGAGGGAACAACUGUUUAUAUAUGUUAUACAACAUUAAAUGUAAUUACAGUGCUGUGAAAAAGUAUUUGCCUGAUUUCUUCUGUUAUUGUGUAUAUCUCAUGCUAAAUAAUUUUAGAUCUUCAAAUGAAAUACAACAUAAAACAAAGGCAAACUGAAUAAACACACAAUACAGUUUUUGUUUAUUUAUUUUUUAUUGAAGCAAAAAAAAGUUAUCCAACACCUAUCACCCAUGUGAAAAAUUAAUUGCCCCCUUAAAAUUAAAAUCUGUUUGUGCCACCUUUAGCAACAAUUUGUUGUCUUGCUGCAUAAUCCAGUUACGCUUGAGAUUCAACUUAGGGACAUUCUCCUUUAAGAUUUUCUGGUUGAGAGCAGAAUUCAUGUUUCCCUCAAUUAUUGCAGGUUCUCCAGGCCCUGAAGCAGCAAAGCAUCCCCACACCAUCACACUUCCUCCACCAUGCUGGACCGUAGGUAUGAUGUUCUUUUUGUGGAAUUCGGUGUUUGGUUUAUGCCAGAUGUAACGGGACCCCUGUCUUCCAAACAGUUCCACUUUCCACUCAUCAGUCCACAGGACAUUCUCCCAAAAGGUUUGAGGAUCAUCAAGGUGUGUUUUGCAAAAUUCAGACGAGCCUUAAUGUUCUUCUGGGUUAGCAGUGGUUUUCACCUCACCACUCUUCCAUGGAUGCCAUUCUUGCCCAGUGUCUUUCUGAUGGAGUCAUGAAUAGUGGAGUCAUGAACAGUGACCUUUACUGAUGCAAAAGAGGCCUGUAGGCCAUUGGAUGUGGCUCUUUUGUGAUUUGCUGGAUGUGUAGAUGCUGUGCUCUUGGAGGAAUAUUGGAAGGUCGGCCACUUCUGGGAAGGUUCACUACCGUGCCGAGUUUUUCCAUUUGGAGAUAACGGCUCUCGCUGUGGUUCUUUGGAGUCCCAGAGCCUUUGAAAGAGCUUUGUAACCCUUCCCAGACUGAUGUAUGUCAAUCACCUUCUUCCUCAUCAUUUCUGGAAUUUCUUUAAAUUUUGGCAUAAUGUGUUACAGAGUAAAAACCUUUUAAGCAACUUCAUGCUGUUGAAAAAGUUCUAUUUAAGUGUUGAUGUGAUUGAACAGGGUUUGCAGUAAUCAGGCCUGGUUGCGUCUAGUCCAGCUGAACCCCAUUAUGAAUGCAGUUUUGUGGACUUAGUAACUUUGGGGCAAAUAUAUUUUCACACAGGUCCAGUUGGUACUUGCUUCAAUAAAUAACAUUAUCAUUUAAAAACUGUAUUUGGUGUUUACUCAGGUUGCCUUUGUUUUAUCUGAGAU